AUGGCGGCCGUACCGUUCCGCCCGUUAGAGUACCUGGAGGGUCGUCCAGGUACUACCUUUCUGAAGCUGUAUCAGCAACCUUCGACAGCUCUUGCGGUGUUUCGACGGAUGCUACCACAUCUUGCAAAAUGCUUUGUCAUGGCACUGCUUUACCUCAAAGAUCCCCUUCCAGCAACCGAACUAGAGUUAUGGGUUAGAUCGGAUAGCAGACGUGAAAGAGAUAACUCGCUCUCAAUUCUCGGCCGCCUACAUAUACUUUCGAGCACAACCACCUCUAAUCAUGUUCGCGCCUACAUGGUCACAGAACCGUUUUCUACCUCUCUACGGCAAGCUCUUAUGGGAGAGGACCAACGCCACUCGUUUGGAGUUAUAUCAAUGACUCCUGAUAAGCACCAUGUCUCCGUUGCAGAUUUAGAUGAGUAUGCAAGGCAGCAAUGGGAGGCCGUGCUUGGGUAUAUGGUUGGGAUGAGCUCAUUAAGCGGUGGACGGGAAACUAUCACCCUGAGUAAAGGAGUAAAACAACUUCUUCAGGCAUGCCAUCUGGUUGAGAUCCGGGAUCGAAGAGUUGAAAUCACAAAAGAGGGGUUCGCUUUCGUUUUACAAGAUGUCAAUACCCAGGUCUGGCAUAUUCUAAUACUCUACGUUGAGAAUGCAGAAGCUAUCCACAUGGAGAGUGUCGAGGUUCUAUCAUUCAUUUUCUUACUUAGCAGUCUCGAGUUGGGCCAGUCUUAUGAGAAGAACGACCUCACGCCUACCCAGCUUCGAACGCUUGCUGAUCUCACCGACUUUGGCAUCGUAUACCAGCAUACACCGGCUUCGGGAUCAACUCGAUUUUAUCCAACGAGGCUGGCCACUACACUUACCUCCGACUCUCUGGCUAUGCCAGGCCCAGUCUCCGGCGAACCCGUCGUCCCAGCACCCAGCACAGGCCCCACCUCAGCCACUGACGGAGGGACUGGAUUCAUCAUCGUCGAAACAAACUACCGUUUAUAUGCAUACACUUCAUCCCCUCUACAGAUAUCUUUAAUCUCCCUCUUUACGACCCUAAAGUUUCGAUUCCCGAACCUUAUAACGGGCAAAAUAACCAGACAGUCUGUCCGUCGAGCCAUUGAAAUGGGCAUUACUGCUGACCAAAUUGUGUCGUAUCUCACAACGCAUGCUCAUCCACAGAUGCGUAAGACAAAAAAGUCUACCUCAAAUGUUGCAGCUUCGAUAUUACCACCUACUGUUGUCGAUCAAAUACGGCUUUGGCAACUAGAAAGAGAUCGAAUAAAAGCAACGUCUGGGUUCCUUUUCAAAGAAUUUGACACCUUUGCAGAGUUUGAGGCCCCUUGCAAAUAUGCUGAAGAGAUCGGUGUAUUGGUGUGGAGGUCUGAUUCGAGGAGGAUGUUUUUUGUUACCAGGCAUGAACAAGUCGCUGCAUUUCUACGUAGUAGAGCGGCCUCGAGGGGUUAG